UGACAAGUCUGCCAUUGACAGGGAAUUUGUUGAGCUUUGAUUCUGGAGACUCUCUUCGCGAAAUCACCGCAAGAAAUCAAGACUGUUGAACUGAAAUGUCAGACUACCUAAUAUCUUUGUUGUGAAACUUCUUCACCACCGUCUUGGAAUUAUGAUCAGGUAAAAAUUUUAUUAAAUUGGAGUUUUUUGAGUAAAUGGUAAAUGGCCAAUCUGAACGAAACUUACCAUCAAGAUUUUUGCUUACCAUUUGCACAAAUCGUUGACAAGCCGAUUUUUCUGUGUAAAUGAUAAACAACCCACAUUUUAAUUCCAGAAUGCCAUGAUCAAGAUAUUAUGCACUUGAAUAUCAUAACACAAUAAUAUGUAUUUAUUGGACUACAAGUGGGACAAGCCUCAAUAGAAAUCCAAGGGACUAUGUUAUAGCUAGCAAUAUAUAAAGUGAAUGGCCAGUUAUAUCAGUGUACAUGCAUAUUUAUCUGCAUCCACUCAAUCUUCCCACUGUGCAUUCCACCAAAAUAACAAAAUAGGCUAAAUAUAAUGCAUAUAAUAUAGAUAUAUAUUCAACUUUAAUUUCGUCCUGUAUUUUUUGUAACAUGGUAUAUGUGUAAAACAGUUACACAAGCUCUCUCAAGGAUUACCGACAAAUGUUACACUAAUUACUUGCAUUUUCUUUUUAAUAAAAUACCAUACAUAAAAUGUAACAAGCAAACAGUGAAAAUAAGACUUUCACUUCCUAUAGAGAACGCAACAUUUGCUAAACAAAUGAACACAAAUGCUUGACAACAGAACACACAGAACAAUACUAUAUUUUCCUACUCGAUUGUACAGCAAAUGAUUCAUUUACCCAACCAUCCAGUCAAUUGUAAGCCUGCUGAUAGCUAAGAUACAUGUCAGGAGGAAGCUUGGCGCUUAUUGAUGUGCCACCAACUUUAAUAAACACCGUGAUACACAAUGAACACUUAAAUAAUUUCAUGGCUAAGAGCAUGAAUGAGUUGUCUCAUAGAGUCCUUUGAUUGAAUAUGCAGGUAGUGUAACUUGUAAUUUGUAAUGGAAGUAGUUAAGUAAAACUGUAAACUGUUAUAAACUCUACUGUUUUAGUUAUUCCUUGGAAUUUACUGAACAGAUACUCUAAACAUAGCAUGUACAGCUGUCAUUUUAUAUGGCUAAUUUCUUUUAUUUAAUAUCAAGCUUGAGAAAGAAGUAUGGUACAGUAUAUUCAAUGAAAGUGGGCAGUUUUAAACUUGUAGUCGCUGAAGAUGCUGAUUCUGUGAAAGAAGUGCUGGUAAAGAGAUCUGCUGAUUAUGCUGGGAGACCUCCAUUUCACUCCUUCCAGCUGGCCUCACUUGGUGGAAAAGAUAUCAUAAUAGGAAACUAUGGUCCUGCUUGGAAGUUUCACCGUAAACUGUUCAUGGCAGCUAUCCGGCAAUAUCUCUCCGAUCAGCAACUUGUCGAAGAAAGGAUUUUUGAGCAGGCGGGGCGGUUGCUGCAGUACUUUGAAGACCAAAAUGGAAAAGAUUUUGACCCUGCAUGUAUUCUGAUGGAGAGCGUUGCAAAUGUGAUUGGUCGAAUCACAUUUGGGAAAUACUUUGAUUCGUCCCAUCCAGACUUCGAGGAACUUUUACAAUUAAACAUCAAAGGCUUUACUGACACUAAAACAAAUACACAGAACUUUGUUUUAGAUUUCUUUCCAGCUGCAAAAUACUUUCCAUUUCCAAGUUAUCAAUCGGUGCAGAAACUGAUGGGCCGAAUAUUUGAAAUUCUUCGCCAUCAAUUAAAGAUCCAGGAGAACGACUUUGACCCUACAGCGAAGAUUGAUAGCCUCACUGGAAGUCUAUUAAAAGAGAGGAUUGCAGCUGAGAAUGAGGUUGGCUCUGAAGACAAAGCGUCUAUUUUGUCGGAUGAAAGUGUUAUCAACACCAUGGAAGACAUGUUCGGCGCUGGUUAUGAGACAACCAGUACCACCCUGCGUUGGGCCAUUGCAUACCUUGUUCACCAUCCCCAUUGCCAAACAGAGAUACAAAACCAGUUAGAUGAAGUGGUUGGAAGGGACCGAAUGCCUGGACUGGGUGAUCGUCCGCAUCUUCCGCUUCUUCAGGCCACAAUCAUGGAGGCACUGCGUCUUGGAAAUGUGGCUGAAGCAGCUCUUCCCCAUUACACGAUGAAGGACACCUCGCUUGCUGGAUACCGUGUUCCAAAGGAUACAGUAGUGUUGGUACAUUUGAUGAACGUUCAUCUGGAUCCAAACUUCUGGGAGAAUCCCAACUCGUUCAACCCUCACCGCCAUAUUGAUGCUGAUGGCCAGCUCAUCACCAACUCUGGUAACUUUCUGCCUUUCUCGGCAGGACGCCGGGUUUGUGCUGGUGAAGCACUGGCAAAGGUGGAGUUGUUCCUUUUCUUGUCCUGGAUGCUGCACAAGUUUACAUUUUUACCGCCGAAGAAAAGCAGCCUUCCAGAUCUCAAAGGACUAAUCGGGUUAACUCGCUAUCCAGCUCCUUACCAAAUUAGAGCUGAACAACGCCAGUAAAUAAGAUUAUUAUACAUUGAACUCACUAUCUCUUUUCUGAUUGGCCGAAAGCGUACAGUGAAUUUUGGAAAUCAGUGCCUGUGACGUCAUCUAGUUGCAGAUUAUACAAUAAUCAUGUCAAGGACACGCGAGGUUACGGGAAAUCAUGUUAUGUAUGACCGCAGUCAAUGAUUUCUAAGGGUAAUUAUGUCAACUGAGUUCGUCGCUUUGUGUUGCUUGCCGUCAAUGAAAAAGCAAAGACAUGACUUCCACAUUUUUUUUCGUUCAAUGUAUAAUAAAACAAUUAUUAGAUUCGGUUUAUGUGAUACCCAGAAUAAUCAAGAUGUCGGUAAGGGUUAUCAGCCUCAGCCUUUAGCUUUGGCAGAUAACCCCUAACUCGACGUUGAUUAUUCUGGAUACCACAAAAACCUCAAUAAUUGUUUAUAACGGGUGCUUCGACUCUGAGAAAAGAUACAUAACUGUUUCCCGACUCUGUAGCAGAC